CACAUAUUAUACUAGUUGAAAUGGCACAACGGCGUGACUAUCCUCAUAAAAUUACUUUCAAAGUGAAGCAUUUAGAUGAAUAUCAUGACAUAGUCCUUGAUUGGGAUGAGGAUAGAUAUCGAUAUAAAAGCCAACAAAUAUUUGAUCAGCUGGAGUUGAUAACUGGAGUUCCAAAUAGAUACGCAUGUAAUGUUUGUGUACGAAGACCCGACGAAGUUAACUUGGCAGGCAUCAUAGCAGUUCCACACAUCAAUCUCAAAGCAUACCCUCCUGGUUCGGAGCCAAAUUUGCCAGACUAUUCACGCCAUUAUUAUCGAGAAGAUGAUAUCUCCUGGCGAAUAUUUCGUGAUGGAGAGCGUUAUCACCUCGAAUAUUAUGCUUAUUAUGAUUAUGAAGUUUCCAAACGUAUAAGUUUUUCGUAUUCUUUAGUAAAUGAAAGAUACGUUACUGAAGGAGCCUGCAGUCGAGAUUUUUGUCAUUAUAAGUGCACUGAAAGUCACUUUAAAAAGUUGAAAGAUCUCGCUAGCAAUGAUGAAUUGAAUGCAAAAAUUACUCCGCUUGUCCAGCCAAUAAUGGAAACUUUUUCAAAUACAAGGAAUUCAGAAAAGAGAAAGAUUCUCAUAGAGUUCAAUGUUGAACAAUUUUUGUAUGUAAUUUGUUCUGAGGAGCGCAGGGAAGUAAUUCAACAGAAUGGUCAUGAACGCCAAGAUGAUCUUUAUUUAAGAACUCGAGGUUAAAUAUCUGUAUUCAAUGAAUCAAAUCAAUGUAAUUUUUCUUAGUAAUCUCUUUUUUUCAUUUAAAUAAUGAAUCUGCAAGUUUACAUUCUGUUUCCUUUAAUAAACUGCUCAUCUUCAAUUUG